AACGUUUCUAGCUUGUUUCUUCUUUGUAGUCUUGUGCGCCUCGUCCUAAUUAAUCACAGAAAAUGAAAGGUGAAAAGAAAGUGGAAGAAGUGACUUGUCUUUAUAGUCGUCUGUUCUAUUAUUACAUUGCCUUGACAGUAUCAUUACAGAUCCUCUUAGAAACUGAACCCCCUAGCUGGAUGCCCGUAUACGUAUACGCAACAUUGAGGGCUGCGAAUAUUCCAUACAUUGGUAUGGUAAUUUGGUGUUUGAGCAAAGAUGUUCCAGUCCCAAGAUAUCGACUAUGGCCGGAGGGGCGGGUAUUAUUCUUCUUGUCCGUGAUGAUAUUUAUGUAUUGCAUCUCAUAUAAUGUCAAAGACGUCAUGAACAGAGUAGAGGCGUCGAUAUUUGGCUGGUGUCUUAUAUUAGCGGGGAUUGCGAUCGUGCAACUCUCUUGUCCGGUAGAAGAUUUUACAGUUUCAACACAUACUCUGUCCACCAUGUACUUAGGAGCCCUGUUUGCUAUCUUAGGUGGGAUAGGAAGAACAUCCUCAUUGCCCGGCGACUUUAUUGGAACCCUUUUAUGCUUUCCUAUAACCUUAUUUAUCAUCUGCCUGCUUGAUCCUUUGGAUGACAACUAGAUCAUGCAUGAUUCCCAACAUGAUAUGAGUAGAGUGUCAGAUAUUUAUAAUAAUUAAGAUGGCUUGGUUGACAAAAAAAAAAAAAAUCAAGAUGGCUUCACAA